AUGGAAAAGCUCGGCGUAGUGCAGCUGGAAGGAGCGAGGAAUUGGAGUGUCUGGCGAUUCCAGAUGACCGUGAUUUUGCGGGAUCAAGUAUUGUACAAAAUUGUCUCGAGUCUUAAUGUCAAACAUGGCGGUGCGGCGGAAACUACAAAGACCGGUCAGGCGUCGGCGGAGCCCGAGCAGGCGUCGGUAGAGAAGGAUAUAAAGGCGAUGAGUGCAAUUGUGACAAGAUUGGCGGAAUCAGUUCUACAUCACGUAAUUACUUGUCAAACAGCGCACGAAGUGUGGAGUGGGCUACACAGUAUUUAUGAAAAAAGUGGAGAAACGUCACUGAUGCUACAACAACAACGAUUCUUUGCCCUAAAAUUUGAAGAUGACAUGAGUGUCGCGGACUUCAUCUCCAAAGUGCAGGAGCAGCAGCAGACCUUGAAACGACUGGGAGAAGCGGUAACCGACAGGAUGGCUAUGUCGAAUAUCAUCAUGUCACUUCCACUGAAGUAUGUUCACUUUGUUAGUGCUUGGGAAUCGUGUGCAGAAGAAAAACAGACUAUGGACAACUUAACGGCACGGCUCUUCGUAGAAGAAGAACUGCUUAAUAAUAAGUAUAGUAGUAAGGCAGAAGAAAGUGUAGCAUUGUUUUCUAAAGGUCAAAAAGGUACAAAUAAAGGUCAUUUUAAGGAUAAAUGUAAAGCUAGUAAAAAUGAUAAGAAAGAUAAAGAAAAUAGUGACAAAGGUAAUAAGAAAACUGAAAGUGCUUUUGUAUCUACAGUGCUAGUUAGUGCAAGUGAUCGGUCAAUAGAUGAAAAAUGGUUAGUAGACAGCGGUGCUAGUCACCAUAUGACAUAUCAGAAGGAAUUAUUUUAUGAAUAUGAAAAAUUAUCUACCCCUAAAAUUGUUAUUAUAGGCGAUGGACGAAAGCUAAAUACUUUAGGUAUAGAGAAAAGUAAAUUUAAUGGCAUU